ACUCUUGGCAGGCUGUCAUACGAGAGGGAAAGUGUUUUUGUAGAGGCCUCAGCCUGCAUGCGAGAGCUGAACUCCGCCCUCCGUCGGGUGUCGCAGCUACCCUCGCCAAACUUGAGUGAGACCAGCCAGCCUCGAGGAACAUGGGACGACCACUCGAGAGUUUAUUUCAUACGACGACCUGAUUGUUUUACGGACGACGACUGUUUUUAAUGAAUGCGGUGACCAAAACACAAACAGGGACGUGAGGAGUAUUGCCAGUGAAAAGCGCGAACACUUAUUUAUUAAAAAGGCAAUAACGAAAGACCACAACGAACAGAGGCCAGGAGGAACACCACCCAAUGAAAGGCAUGAAGCAGUGUCAUUAACCUGGCCGCCCCCCGACACACACCUGCACCUCGCGUUCCAUUCUAUCCCGGUGCAACAAGUCCUCGUCUCUCGCCCUCACCUGAGUCUGGCAUGUGAGCGGCGGCCAGCACCUCACGCUGCAGCAGGGCGGAGCAAGGUCAUGACACACUGACUCUACCUCAAAGCCCCCUGCCUCUUGCUGCACCACGCACGCGCAGCAAAGCCUACAACCUCCCCUCUCCCUCCCUGCCUCCCUCAACUGCUACUCCCCCCGCCGAGUAAACGACAGCGCCGCCAAGAUGAUGCGAAAGGAAUCAAGGAUACGCUUCUUGGACGUGGUGUUGGACGAGGAGCGGCAGGAGCAUGAGGUGGUGCCCACACAAGCCAGCAUCCGCCGUCGCAUCCUGUGGGCCCGGAACAACGCAGCCGCCCUCGUCUUCACCGCCCUCUUCGUCGGAGUGAACGCCGCUGUCUUCCUGACGCGGGCGUACCAGUAUCGCCACACUAAUAUCCUUGAGAUGGGCGCCAGAGCAUGUGGCCAGUGUCUCAAUCUGGACUGCGCACUGCUCCUUUUACUGAUCCUGCGGAGGACAGUGACGCGCCUGCGCAGCUCCGCCUUAGGUCACCUGCUGCCCUGCGAUCAGCACGUUCACUUCCACAAGAUGGCCGGAUGGACUGUCUUCCUCCUUUCCAUCCUCCACACAUUGUUCCACAUCGCUAACUUUGUGACGCUCGGGGACGUGACGGGCAUCAGUCUCUCGGCGUACAUGUGGGACACGAAGCUGGGCAUCGGCUGGGUGGCCGGCCUGGCCAACCCCACCGGCGUGGUGCUCAUGAUCAUGCUCACCAUCAUCGUCGCCUUCAGUCACCGCAUCGUCAGGAAGUCUGGCCACUUCGAGAUCUUUUACUGGACACACCUGCUCUCGCUGCCGUUCUGGGUGCUGCUGGUGCUGCACGGACCCAACUUCUGGAAGUGGCUGCUGGUGCCGGGCUUCGCAUUCCUACUGGAGACCUCCCUCAGGAUAUCUCAGGUGUGCACACCCCGUGGUCAGACACAAAUCGUCGGAGGCACCACGUUGCCCUCACAGGUGGUGAAGCUGCUCAUCAGGAGACCCAAGAACUUCGACUUCCAGCCCGGCGAGUACGUGUACCUAAACGUGCCUUCGCUGGCGCGCUACGAGUGGCACCCCUUCACCAUCUCUUCCGCCCCUGAAUUCGAAGAUUAUUUCACCGUCCACAUCCGCUCCGUGGGAGAGUGGACCAAGAGGGUGUACGAAAUGUUCAAGCAGGAGAAGGAGGAAAAGCCAGCAGCUCUUGAGGAGAAGCAGAACUCUGGCCUCUUCAACUUGGCGUACUCCUCCGAUGAGGACUUGGGAGGAAGCGUCACGCACACGGUCAUCCAGGUGGAAGACCAAAACAACGGAGGCUCCGGUAAGGGCGGCCGCUACAUCAAUAAUCUCCUGGAAUUCAAUCGCAAGAUGAGCAUAUAUUCCAAACCUGCUGCACUGCUCAACGUGGACAUGCCUUGCCGGAAGCCUUCCGUCUCCCCGGCAACGAUGGAGUUGCAGUCCAAUUCUUUCUUGGCACCGUUAGAACGCAAAAAGUCCUCCAGUAUGUCCAACUUAGCGAGUCUCAAAGCAGAGCUGGAGUCCUCGAGGCGGGGUGACUCAGGCCAGUCCUCCCUCACCGGCAGCACUUCAAGUCUAGACUCCAUCGGCGAGAACCUCUGCUCCACGCUAGCACACAACCGCCAGCACUACCUCCACGGCCGCAACGCCGAACAGGGACAGGACGUGGCGGCCCACCAGCUACACCUACACUCGGCCGUCAAGAAAAAGGUUGAGGUACACGUGGACGGCCCCUACGGCACCCCCUCCACCAGGAUCUUCUCCGUCACCCACGCUGUCCUCAUCGGCGCAGGCAUCGGAGUCACGCCCUUCGCCUCCAUCCUGCAGAGUGUCAUGAUGAGAUACCGCGCGGCCAAGGCUCCGUGCCCCUACUGCCAGGUGCCCAGCUGCCUCGCCCUGCCCACCACGCUCAGGAAACUCAGAAAGGCAAACUUCGUGUGGGUGAACCGCGACCUGGGCAGUUUCGAGUGGUUCCUGGAGGUGCUGGCGGCGCUGGAGGACGAGCAGCGCGUGGUGGGCGCCGCCAUGGAGACCUUCCUCAACCUGCACCUUUACAAGACGGGCGUCGCCCCGCUCAGUCCCUCCCUCCCCCUCGCUUCCUCCAUCAGGACCGGGAGGCCGGACUGGGAAAAGGUGUUCAGCGGCAUCAGGGAGUCCCGCGCGGGCAAGGUGUGCGUGUUCUACUGCGGGCCGCCGUCCCUCGUGGGGGUGCUGCGGGACAAGUGCAUCAAAUACAAGUUUGAGUUCAAGAGAGAAAUGUUUUGAGGAGCCUCGAAGAAGGACCGCAAGAUCCUAUUUAUUGGUGUAUUAUUAUUAUUAUUAUUAUUAUUAUUAUUAUUAUUAUUAUUAUUAUUAUUAUUAUUAUUAUUAUUAUUAUUAUUAUCAUCAUCAUUUCAAUCCCAAAGUAUGCACCGGAAGCAUGAGUGUGACCCUUUACCGCUAAAGUAAGUGUGUGUGGUGUGUGUGUGUGUGUGUGUGUGUGUGUGUGUGUGUGUGUGUGUGUGUGUGUGUGUGUGUGUGUGUGUGUGUGUGUGUGUGUGUGUGUGUGUGUGUGUGUGUAUUUAUUCAGCUGAAUCAGAGACUUUGUAUUCAACAAGUUCGCAAUGCAAAAUGAUGAGAUAUAGAGUAUGUAUAUAUUUUUAAUAUUUCUCAAUUUUUUGUAUUAUACAUUGUGAUCAUUACAACAUUAUUUCUAAUCUAGCCACGUGCUUUCAUAUGUAUUUGACUUUCGAGAGUCGAAAACCACUUAAUUAGAUGUAUUACGUGUAUAUAUGAGGGUAUUUUUCUUUGCUGUGUGACGGUGACUUGCUCAGCUUGCAUCAUAGUUUGUCUGAUUUGUGUAUUUCACUUUUCGUGUCUCCACAUGUAGAACACUAUUUUGCCAUGUUUGCACUUGUACCGGAGCACCACGCUAGACAGGACACUUGCCACAUUGGAAUGCAUUACUCUAAGUCAAAAUGAUGUUGUUAGAUGCUGAUCUAUCUGAGUUGUCUUUGCUAUUAUAUUAGCAGAUUAAUUUAUUAUGAAUUACAUUUUUUACUGAAUGAUUGUGGAGGUACUACGAGUGUUAGCCAGACUGUCUUUCCUGUAAGUAUUAGUUUGGGAACAUACUAUGCUGUAGUCUUAUUUAUUUAUCGUAUGUCAUGUUCCUUGAACUCACUGAGUGCAGAAUCUCAACACAGUGUGUCUGAAAAGAACACCUCCUCAUUUGUACAUUAGACAUUCAUUUUCACAUUUACUUAAAGGAGCAAUGUAGGACGGAGUGCGAGGCACUGCACGUGUGGAGGGACCAUGUCUGGGUUCUUGGAAGCAUCCACUGUGACUGUCGACAGAAUUCCGUCCAUGAAACCACGGUUGUCGAUUACUCCUGUGGCUGAGCUGUCAACAGCUUCGCCUCUCCCCUAAACCCGCGCUCCAGGCGGACAAGGGGGGACAGUACCUGUAUUCCGACCUUGGAAACACGCCAUUGUUCCUAUCGCAUUGCGUCGGCACCACCGUUGCCCAAAGCUGUGCCCAACCUGCACAGGCGACCAGCCUGCCACCCCUGGGAAGGAGACGACUCCCACGAGAUUCUGGGAUGAGAAAUUAUUUUUAUAUAAAAUAAGUAUUACGGGGUGGGGCAGUGCUUGCGCGGCUGCACAUGGAGUGCAGCUACAGUUUGGAUGAGACCGAAUUUCUACUCAUUGCUGCCUUAUGACACGACUAUUUAUCUACAUAAAAAUAUUGCCUACAUCAUUUUUCUAUGCUGAUAUAUUUGAACUUUGUUGCUAAUUUUAUUGCCUUAUUUCCCUGCAAGUGUAGCGAGAAUUCUAGAUUAAAAGAAUUAUGAAAUA